GUGGCGUCGUGUUGCCGUUUUCAUGGCGACCAGCAGUGAACUCCAGCCGUCUCCUUGGUGACGGAGCACGCUGUGACUCCCCAAUCACUGAGCACACUCACAGGUCCCCGGCUGCCAGACACUGACCAGAGGGGGGACUCUGCGGGGUGAUCAUGCCAAAGGGACGGUCGUACAACCCCCCCACUGAGAGACAGGGCAUCUGGUUCCCUCAUAUUGAUGUCCGUAAUAAUCUGCUUCUAACAAGCACCCAGGAGAUGUAUCGCCAAGCAAAGACCGCAUCCUGGAAAGAGCCGAGGCUCCCGCAUGUGUGUACAACCUGUAACAAGAAUGAAUUCCAAGACUACCCCUUCUCUGCACAUGACAAUAGACACGUUAUACAGAGCACAGGGGAAUACCUCGAUUCUGGUCUUGGAAGGAAGAAGACUCCAGCUGAGAGAAGACAACACACCUCUCAAAAUUUAAACCUUUCAAAUCUGGAAACCCCUCAGAGAGCAACAAAUGAAUGGGCUGCUUAUACUAAUUACCAAGUCUCUCACAAGGGAAGGCAAGACACAGAGAGACCCUUCUGCAGGAGGUACCCCAACCACCACUAUACCCUGUCCACUUACAGGAGGGACCUUCCCGAAAACCAUUUCAUGUGGUUUGCAGAUUACCGUGCAAUGCCACAUUGAUGCUGGCAGCAUUAAGUCUAAUUGUUAAUAAGAAGGCGCAGCUUGGAGUAGUAUCAAAUACAUUUUAUUUGAAAAUAUUAUUAACUGUUCUCAACUAUCAGUAUUGUGUCCUAAAUGAUGACAUUAUUGCAGAUGGUAUUAAACUAAAACUAUUUGUGUUUUAA